AUGUCAGCUAAAACUAUCAAUCAUAUUAUAACACCGGAAGCUAUUGAAUUUCUUAAAUCACUACAUCUUAAAUUUAACUCUGAACGUCAAAAUCUUCUACAAAAACGUCUAGAACGUGAAAAAGAAUUCGAAAAUGGUGUAUUACCAAACUUUUUACCAAAAUCAAAAGACAUAUUAUCUGAUUGGAAAGUAGCAUCAACACCAACUGAUUUAGAAGAUCGACGUGUAGAAAUAACAGGUCCCGUAGAACGUAAAAUGAUUUGUAAUGCAUUGAAUAGUGGUGCAAAUGUAUUUAUGGCCGAUUUUGAAGAUUCUCUAUCACCAACAUGGACCAACAUCAUUGAUGGUCAAAUAAAUUUGUAUGAUGCUGUUAGACGUACAAUUUCGUUUACAUCGUCUAAAGGUAAAACAUACAAGUUAACAGAUGAAAAACCAUUAGCGACCUUAGUUGUUAGGCCGAGAGGAUGGCAUUUGAAUGAAAUACAUUUUUCUGUUGAUGAUGGUGAGAAGAAUCUUGAGCCAAUUUCAGCGAGUUUAUUUGACUUUGGACUCUACUUUUUCCAUAACGUUCAUGAACUUUUGAAACGAGGUAGUGGACCCUAUUUCUAUUUACCAAAACUUGAAAACCAUUUGGAAGCACGUUUAUGGAAUAAUGUAUUUAAUUAUGCUCAAGAUAAAUUAAAUAUUAAACGUGGUACAAUACGUGCAACAAUUUUAAUUGAGACAAUAUUAGCUGCAUAUGAAAUGGAAGAAAUACUUUUUGAAUUAAAAGAUCAUGCAUCUGGUUUGAACGCUGGUAGAUGGGAUUAUUUGUUUAGUUGUAUAAAGAAAUUUCCAAGACAAUUUGUAUGGCCCGAUCGUCAGUACUUAACAAUGACGCUACCAUUUAUGCGUACGUAUACCCAUCUAUUAGUUGAUACAUGUCAUAAACAUCAAGCACACGCCAUUGGUGGUAUGUCAGCGUUUAUUCCAACUAGAAAAGAUUUCCAAAUUAAUGAAGUUGCUUUUGCAAAAGUGCGUGACGAUAAACAACGAGAAUCGGAAGAUGGUUUUGAUGGGACAUGGGUAGCACAUCCUGAUUUGGUCCAAGUAGCAAAAGGCAUAUUUGAUCGUGCACUUAAUGGUAAACUAAAUCAAAAACAUCAUCAACGUACUAAUAUCAUACUUAAUACGAAAGAUUUAUUUAAUUUUCAUGUACCAGAAGGCAAAAUUAGUGAACAAGGUUUACGAAAUAAUAUUAAUGUUGCAUUACAAUAUAUUCAAAAUUGGAUACAUGGCACUGGUGCUGUAGCGAUUAAUAAUUUAAUGGAAGAUGCAGCAACAGCUGAAAUAUCCCGAGCACAAAUAUGGCAAUGGAUUCAACAUCAAACAAAACUAUGUGAUAAUGGAAAAAUUAUAACAAAAGAGUUAUAUCAAGAAUACUGCGCUGAAGAAAUAAAAAAAUUAGAGGAACACAUAUCAUACAGUAAAGCAAAAAUGAUUUUAGAUGAACUCGUUUUAAAUGAUUCAUUUAUUCCAUUUUUAACGUUGAUUGCUUACAAAUAUUUAGAUUCAAAUACUGAUAUUGGAUCAUUGCGAUCAUCCAUAUGA